CGACGUCGGACUUUGCCUUCUCGCCUUCUCUAGCCUCGCGGAUCCCUCAGAACAUCGAAGCGCUGUCUACAAAUGCCUAAGGUGGCACAAUCCAUCAAGAAGAUUGUGUCGAGAUGCUCAGCUGCUCGGGCGAGUCAAUUUGUUCAGCCGUCUACCACCGCGCUUCAAGACAUCGAAAAUACUCCUCCGCCACAGCCUAGGGCUCGUCGCGCGACCAGAUCUCAGCCGGUACCUCCAGCGACGCCUCCUUCCGCGGAACUCGAGAAACUCCGCUCCGAACUCGCUGCUUUACAAGAUGAGAACUCGGCUCUGCGGGAUACUUCAGUGGAGCAGGCACGGCAGCUUGUACAGACUACAUCGGAAGUCCGAUCUGCGAAAGAGACUCUGGCGAAGGUACGACAAGCAAAACGCGAACUCAGCGCUCAGAAGCGCUCUCUGGACGACCAGCUGAAGGAGGAACAAAAGCGCCGCGCUCGUAUCAAACGCGACAAGCGAAAGCAAGAGCGGAAACGCGAGGAGGAGCAUGCCGAGCUCAUCGAGGCGCAGGAGUUGCGACAUACAGAGGAGUCUGCGUCCAUGGUCUCCGAACUUCGCUCUCUACGCGCUCAGAACGAGAAGCUGUCUCACGACUUCGGCAUCGCCUGCGCUCGUGUCAAGCGCCUCCAAGUCUCCGCUGCAGCACACCGUCGAGCAAAGUAUGCCCUGAAUAAGAAGCUGCUUCGCGCUCUACGCACUAUGCGACGCAUUCGCCAAGGACUCGCCGAACUUCGAAAGCGCUUAACGUUCGACCCGAAGACCGGCAACCGAUUUUCGACCAAGUCUCGAUGGAUCUCUCGACGGCUGGCUUUCUACGGUGUUCGUCCUCAGCAUCUACGCGCGGCGAUUGCCGAUACUGCGUCGCUUUUCACCAUAACCCUUCGCUCUCCCUUCAUGUCGCGUCGUACUUCGGGUCGUGUCAACUCGGGCGAGUCGUUUUCGUGGACGUUCCUCCAGCUGGGUAGGGAGUUGAAGAACUCGAUGGGAUUUAUAUGUAGUAGCGAUGGCACGACACACAAGAAGAUUACAUAUGAAGCUACCGCUAUGUCGCAUGCUGUGCCAACCUACGAGCCAGGAGUUGACGAUAACGAUCCGAGCACGUGGGUGAAUGCGACGCGAUUUGUAGCAGUUAAGGAAGCCGUUCGCCACGACGCCGAGUCACAGCACCAGGGCAAGAUGGCGCUUGGGAAGGAGAUGAUCGAGAUGUACAACAGAAGCCCGCCGGCGGUCUCUGAUGGAGGCGAAAUACCAGCGGAUGCGUGGUCGACAAAGCAGCUUGGACAGUCCAAGGACCAUGCUGCUGAUGGUGUGAAGGAGAAAGGACUUGCAGAGGCGCAGAAGAUGCAUGACCUGAAGGCACGGCUGGGCCAGGAAGCGUACCUGGCAGAUGUUGGCUGGGAGUCCCUUUUGCAGGCCGUUGUCUCGCUCACAGAGGCCGACGUACAAGACGCGAUUGGCAAGGAACGUGAUCCCGCUGCAGUACCUUGGGCUGAACGCGUAAAUAUCGCGGACGCGGUGCUGAAGAAGACGCUCGGAGAGAAAGCCUACUUGGAGAUGCAGGGACAGGAGAAGGAGCUCAACACACUCUUCAUCUUUGGCGGCUGCUGCAGCCACAAAGACCUCAAUGCCUUCAAGUACGGCACAGACGCUAUAGCUACGCUCUGGAAGACGGAAACACUCGCCACUCCCUCCCCUCCCCUGCUUCCUAACAAGUCCCUCCACUCCAUUCUUGCGCUUGGGGAGAAAGCCGGGGUGGACGCGCGCCUCAAAGCGAUGGACAUGAGCGCUAGUGGCGGUCCGAAACUCAUGGCGCUCCUCGGUGCGAUUUUCCGGAACAAGGACGACAAGAAGGGCUACCAGCACGCCGGGCAAGCCCUUGUUCAGUCUUUCGAGCGCGAACUUCACGGCUCCGACGCCAUCUCUCACGCCAACAUCGCCGAUGUUAACAACACGCGGUUCCAGUCGGUAGGAAGGGCCGCUGUCGAGUUCAUCACAUACGACGUCGAAUAUCGUCGCACUAUCGAGACGAUCUGCAGCGCAAAAACAAAGGCAGGAGCGAACCAUAUGGAAUCCGGCGUGCUGAAGGCGAUGGACUGCGUGGCGACGCUCAUGGACUUAAUCGCCAUGGGUAUCUACAUGGUCUGCGUCUCAGAGCCAUACAUGGCAGCUGUUCAUACGAACGCCGCCGACGGCUCUCCCCCGAACCUCCUUGACACGGUGGACCUCCAUCGUCGUGUGGCUACCUUCUGCGAGCAGGUAGCGGAUGAUCCUCGCGCGCUCUUCGACGAUUCCGCACCCCUCUCGUCUCGAACUCUCGACAGCAAGCCCAUCCGAAAUGCGCGCUUCGUCUCGAAGUGUCGUGAGGCUUUCCAUUCGACUGGAGACGACGCUUUCGCCGUGAUCUCUGCUAUGUUUCGUGGGGCUGCGAUGGGAUGGCGGCGAUUCACGUCUGAAUUCGCGCUCGGUGGUCCUAUUGAUGCACUCACUCCAUACCAGCGCUCCGUCCUCUUCAUACCUGCCACAAACGACCACAACGAGGGAGCUCUAGGGUCUCUUCGGCUUUUCCUACGCCUCAAUCCCUGCAGCACGACGGUGGCUUUCAAUGCCUGCCAGCGUAUGCAGAAGAACGGGACAGAGAAGUUUAUAGACAAGGUCAUCACUCCCGCUCUGGAGACCUGGGUCAUACGCAACGGGCGCACCAUCUUCGCGAAGCAGCAAGUGGGCGAGUUUCGAGACAGGGUGGCCGCCGACUACCGCGAGAAGGCGGACACCCACGACCAGCAGGUGGCGAAGAAGAUCGCGAUCGAAAAGGAGCGCUUAGAGCGCUUGGCAGCCGUCGGGAUAGUCACCGACGUAGCGGUGAUUGAAGCGAUGACACUUGCCAGGUUGCGCGAGCAGCUGGAGAUCCACAAGGAUAUUUUGAAGGAUCCCGUCCUCACUGAUAAGAAGCAGUUCAAGUGGGGGAUGGUCAAGGGUCUCAUCCCACGUAGAAUGACCGUCCUGGCGGCCCUCGAGCGCUAUCAUUCAGCCAAUCCGGGGGUUUUGGAGGCGGUGGAAAAAUCGGUCUUGCUGCCCAGCCCCAUGGAAGUAGAUGGGGAGCAAUCUUCUACGCCUUCGGAUGUAGAAAUCUACUCCGAAGACGACAUGAUGGACGAUGAG